AUAGCACUCUCCUGACUGAAUCGUAUGAUAUAUGAAGUAAACCUCAUUCAUUUGUUUUGUACGAGACAGUUCGUGGUGCGCUAGUUGUGCAGCAAAUAGCACACGGUCGCUGUCUAUUAACUGUUAUCUUUUGACUAUCUAGCCGCCGCGUGCACGAAAAGAAAAGUCUCGUCUCAUUUAUUAAUUCAAAGGAAUCAGCAUCGAGGAAAAUCCUGUCAACUGCCUAGAAUGAAGCGCACGGUGAUAAGCGUCCUCGCAGCCCUGACCGUCAUGGCUACGCUGGCAGCACUGGCUUCGAGUCAGCUGGUUAGCGUCACAUCGCCUGACCCUAGCCGCGCGGGCUGCGCUAGUCGUUCAGUCGGCGUCAUCUUCAAGACAUUCGCCAGCAAGUUGUCCGAUGGAACUCAAGUGGUCUUUGAGCUCUUCAGAGUCUCAGUGGGCGCCUUGAGUGUGAUGGUCAUAGACGAGCGCAAGAUGGAAGCUGGCUUAAGCUUCUUGCAGUGCGCAGCGGGUGUCAGUUCUCAAGAACAUGCGUUUGCCCCCGACAUCGACGGGGUUUGCGUGGCUUAUAAACUGCGGGGAAGCUUCUGCUGCGUCGCCGACGGCGACAUAAACGUUUACGUACGCAAGGACUUCGUACGAAAUGAUAAUGAUACUGUCUACAAGGUUGAAGAUGACACAAUCAUCGGUUACAUCCCGUCGCUCAUGUUUACGCUUGAGGAACUGAAUGCUAAGCAGACGAAAGACGACAGCUUUUCAUCGCUGGAUGACACCACCGUGAUGGUUUACAAGGAAGAUAAUAUCUAUUUGUUCGACAACACUCGUUACAUCGACAUUCUGACCUGCAUGGCUCCCAACUCCUGUGGGAUGGUGGCAGCAAUAAAGAAAACUGCACAAAUGAGUCAUGUAGUUGUCGGGAACUGUGGCAAACAAGACAAGGUGAUUUUCGAUGACCGGAUCGUCUCCCACGCUGGCUACGGCUGCGUGCCAUUCCCUGACCACGUCGAGGAUUGCUCGCUCACAUUCACAUUCAACCUGGUCAGUGGAGGAGGCUUCUUCGUGUGGGAAACUUCAGACUUCAGCACAGACGGCCUGUGUGAUGGAUUCAAAAUUACCUACGCCUGCCCCCCAGAUGCUACGCCAAAGGAUCUUUGCUCUUUGACUGCACCGGCCGGUUUUCUGAUGAAUGCUAAUGUCCCGGCCGUCCUUCGCAUCGAAGGAACUAAGACCACGAACCGCAAGAUAAUCGGCUUUACGGUGACGUUCGUAGAUGACUUUACCCCAACAACAAAUUAAUGUGGAACCUGCAAUUGAACCAAGCCGGCCUAUAAUAAUUUGAGCCUUAUGAAGUGUAAAAACUGUCAUUUGUAAUGAGAAAUUGACAUUCAACUGCUCUCAAUGUCUCUUCGGAAGGCCGUUCAGCAAAGUCUUCAGAAUUUUUUGCUUUGGAUUGUGAUGUGUUCAGCAAUGAAUUUCUUUGGAUUGCGAUGUGUUCAGCAAUCAAUUUCUUUGAAAUGUUAUGUGUUAAACCAAUAUUUAUUUUGGAUAAGGAUGUGUUCAGCAAUAAAUUACUUUGGAUUGUGAUGUGUUCAGCAAUUAAUUACUUUAGAUUGUGAUGUGUUCA